CUGAAUGUUCCGCUCAUUUCUUGUUACAAGUAACGGUUAGGUAAAAAAAGAUAUUGGAUACCGUGGUAUAAGUUUAACUUGUAAAAAGCGUAUUUAACGUAAUUUAAAUUGAAAAUAAAAUUAUAUUUUGUAUAAUAAAAUAGAAAAGAGGUUGAUUGUGAAAAUUAUCAUAAAAUAGUGGCAAGAAAAUCCAGACGAGUGGCGCGUCUGUGCAAACGGCUCCUCUUUGGUUGCAUGACGUAAUUGUAUUGAUCGCGGAAGAAGAGCCGAAAGUCGCGCAUUCGCCAUCUUGGACGAAUUGUGGAAAAGAAGUUUCUGUGUCUCGCAGGCGCGGUACGCUUAUAAUAAUUCUAAUCCGUGACAAUCCGGACAUUAAUUAAUUUAACUGGGAAUUAACCCUUUUGUGAAUUAGAAACCCAUUUGGAGCGGACCAAGACAAAGGGUUCGUUCUUUGGGUCUGAUUGAUACUAAAUGGUUGCCUGCAGACAGCAUGUCUACUCUGUCAGGGCUUGUGUCGAAGGGGGAGAAAGGAAAAUCCAAAUUUCAAUCAUUAGACAUCAAUAGCUUGUACCGGGUGAGUAGGGGAGAAUCUUUAGAACAACAUCAGCAAAAAAACACACUACCACGCAAACAUGGAAUGCAAAGUCUUGGGAAAGUGCCUUCGGCACGGCGACCUCCUGCUAAUUUGCCUAGUUUAAAAAGUGAACAUAGCAGUAACGAUCCAGCUGUCAGUCUUGUGCCAAGCGGAGGAAGUGGUUGGGCUACUACCAAAGAGUCAACAACUACCACUACUGCUACAACAACCACGACUGUAACUGCAUCAGAUACAUCCACUGCAAAUUCUUCAACAGCACAAUGUGUGACAGGAACCAUCACAACAUCAUUACAUCCAUUACUCCCAGGGCAACAAAAUGCUUCACAGUCUUCAUAUUCUUCCGAUGUAAACAACAAAUCAUCAUGGAGUGCAAUAAUGAGCAGAUCUGGAGAUGGUACUGUAUCAGGAGGCCAACAACAGUCACAACAACAGCAGCAGCAACAGCAACAGCAAACGGCAAGUCGGGAAUUAAGUGCGCAAUACGGACCUGGACCAAGUUUACGACCUCAAACGGAAGGAAGUUGGAUACAAGGUGGAAGUCGUACAGCCAGUGGUGCAGGAAUAGCAACUACAGGUCCUGGAAGUGGGAGUUCAGGGGUCCAGGCCCCCCCUUUGAAUAUCACUGGAUCAGGCGGACAUACGGACAUAUCUGCUGGCGGGCGACAGAACUUGGUCCAAUCUCCCAACAUGGGAAUGGGCCAGGGAGGCCCUCAUAAUUCUUCAAACAAUCAGAAUGCUGUGAGUUCUAGUUCUCAUCAAGUCGGUCCAAAUCUACAUCACUACAGAGGACUUAUUCCUCCAUUUAUGUACAGAGGAAAUUUUUCUGGUGGAUUUCCUUCUCAAUUUCCGGCAAAUACAAAUUCUGGCGCACCUAGACCUCGAUUCAAUUAUCCCUCAGAACGAUUUCCUCCUCCGCCUGUUCGUCAACAAGAACGCGAACGUGUUCCCGAAGAAGAAAUUAUUACACGACCAAUUAUUAGAGAAGAAGAUCUUACUCGAAUGGACGAUAUUUCUCGCGAUGCUGGUUGGGCAGCACAUGACGAUAUUGAUUAUAAUCAAAAGCUUGCCUUCAGCGACGACGAACCUGAUCCUGAACCUUCCAAAAAAGAUGAAAGGAAAGACAAUAAGGAAGAAAAAAUAGAGGAAAAUUCAACAGAUGACAAAGAGAAGACAAGAGAUAACCGUGAUAACCGAGAAACUCACGAUAAUCGAGAUUCGAAAGAAUCCCGAGAUCAAGCGACUCAUCGUUCGUGGACUCAAAAUACUUUAUCCCGUGAUUAUCGUGGAUCGAACGGGUCUGGUAGUUAUAGCGGUCAGUCACAACUGCAUUCGGUGCAUUCUUUAAGAGGUGUAGAAGAUGACGAAGCGUGGAACGAGAGACGCAGACUGAAAGUUGUUGAAGUAGCGUCGGCUGUUGAACGCGCUCGACAACGGAAAGAAGAGGAGGAAAAACGAUAUCAGGAAUCAACUAGACAAGCGGCAGCUAAAAAAUUGCAGGAUUUAGAGCAAAAGUUGAAGGAGAAACAAGCUAAUGAAUCUAAAGGUUUAAUAAACGUUCCACCAGUGCCUAUUCCAGUUCCUGAGUGGGAACGAGAAAGGGAAAACAGGGAACGAGAAAACAGGGAACGCGAGCGAUCCGAAGGAAAAGAUGAGAAGUCACUGAACCGUGAAUUACGUGAAACUAGAGACGGUCCAAAAGAUAACAGAGAUUCACGUGAUCAGUUAAUAUCAGAUUUUCGACAAGGGGACCGACAGAGUUUCACGAGACAAGAUAGUAUUCGUAGUGAACGUGAUAGAGAACGAGAUCGCGAUCGUGAUCAAAGGGAUACGAGAGAUCGUGAGCUACAUGCUUCAUCCUCGCGAUAUUAUAAAACUAAUUUACCACCUCGAUUUCAAAAGCAACAGGCGGAAAAAAUCAAUGCUGGUCUUAAUCGAGUUUUUCCUAAUACCGAAAGAUCAACUACGCAAUCCGUUCCAUUUUCUCAGCAAUACGAUCCUGGUAGAUGGGUUCAUAGUCACAGCUCUUUAAUAGACAACAACUUAAAAGCAUCAUCAUCACAUGGAGCGUCACAACGCCGAAGUAGAACAGAUUCAGAUAUUUCCACUUCGAUGGAUGAUGAUCGACCUCCAUCCCGAGAUUAUCGUGGUUCUCUACUUCGAGACGAUCGAUAUCGUCAUUCUUCUCAUCGACCGUAUGACACACGCAAAUCAGGUGGUUACUACGAUGAGUAUACUCGCAGCUGUAGAGAACACGACUAUGAUGACAGACAUUCUCGUGAUUCCUGGGAACGUGAAAGAUACUUCGACGACACUAAAGAUCGAGAUUCAAAGGAUAGCAUAGAGUCCAGAGAUAACAGAGAAACUCGCGAUAUUCGUGAUAAUCGCACUACCAGGGAUACUCGAGAUGCGAGAGAAAUUCGAGAAAGAGAUAACAAGGAUAAAAAGGAUUAUGAUAAUUAUAUAAAGGAUCCCUUUGAUGAUCGUAAUCGUGAACGUGAUCGUGAACGUGAUCGUGAACGUGAUCGCGAACGUGAUCGUGAACGUGAUCGCGACCGUGAGCGUGAACGUGAACGAGAACGAGAUCGCGAUCAAAGAGAAAGAUCGGAAAGUACUGAAUGGCGCGAAGAACGUAUCAUUCAAGAUAGAAUGAUCGAUAAUCGUCGUGAUAUACAGAGAGAAGAACGAAUGGAACGCAACGAACGUCCGCAAAGACCAGAUUCUCGUGAUAGUCGUGCUUCUCGAGAAUCAAAGACGUCUUUGCGAGAUGAUGAUUCGCACAAAUUGCGAGACUGCAGUUCCUGGGUAAAUGAGGUUGCCGAUUAUGAAGAAAAUAAACGAGAUGUCUAUCAUGAAGAUAUCCGAGAAAGAGAACGAGAAAGGGAACGAAGGCAACCGCUAGGACCUGUAACUAAAGAAAGAAUCGAAGCAGAUGAAUUAAAAAAUGAAAAGCGUAAUCUAACUCAAUUAAAACGAGCAAGUUCCGAUCAAGAUAAAAAAGAUCAGACGAAAGAAUCAUCAUCGACUAUAGAAGCGAAAAAGGAAAUGGAUGUUUGGAAUAGAAAGGUCGAUCGAGUUAAUGAAAAUAAUCGAGUAAUGGAAAGAGGUGAUAACUCGCCAAAAGCAUGGGCGGAUGCUGUUUCUCCGACGUUCGAAAAAGAAGAAGAAAAAACUUCAGAACCUAUUAAGAACGACAAGGAUUCGGAGGAUUUGAAGCAAAAUUUCGAGAAGUUAAGUUUAGAAAAAAGGGAAGACACGUUGAACGAAGAUGAAGCGGCGGAACAACAGGUGAAGGAAGAUAAACGAGAGAAAAAUAUUCGGAAUAGAACUAGUAGUGGCGGAUCAAAUUCCAGAGUGCGUGAUUCUCGAGGUGGACGUCAAUGGGGCAGCACCUAUAGCGUGUAUGUACGAGGUUGGCGUGGUCCAGAAACAAGAGGACGAAGAGGUGGACCUAGAGCCGCCACUAGACCAGCUUCUGCUAGAAGUGGUUCAUAUGGACAUACGGAUUCGGAAAAUAGCGCUGAUGAAGUGUCUGGCUCAACAGAGUCUGGCAAAGAGGAGAAGAAAUCGGCUAGAUCACCAAAACCUGGUCAAAAAGCAGAAAAAGAAGAACGCAGUCGUGAACCAAUAGUGUCUGCUCGAGAUGAAAAACGGGCCGACUAUUCUCAAUCACAACGCAGCGAAAAACGAACUUACGAUAGUAAAGUAAGUCGUGAAGGUUUUGCACCUUCGGGUGAACCGUCUCGCCGCGGUCGAGGAAGUAGUUUCCGAAUUCGAAGUACAACUGCUACCGGCAGCCGAAUGGAGGGAUAUGGACCUCCAUCUAGUAAGAGUCCUUUUUCCUCCGAGCGCAAUAUUGAUGAAAAACAAAAUUCUAUGCGACAGAAUCCUUCAACGCCUACUCCGGAAAAGGAGGUAAAUUCUCUAUUACCAUCACAGAACGAAUCUACGGACGAUAAAAUUAUAGCAAAACAACAAGCACUUACUGCUGGAAUAACUGGAAAGCGUGCCAAAUCUCCAAACCAGCAGUCUCAACAAACUCAACAAUCUUGUAACAAGCAAGAUACAAGUCACACGAGCAGCAAUGCUCCUUCUCAAAAAGUACAAGUUACAAGAAAAGAGGAAUCUCGCUCAAAAAGAACUCGCAGUGGAAGUAGAAGGGGUAGAGAUAAUCGUGAAUUGCGUUACCGUGGCAGUGGUAGUAACGUAUCGAAGCAAACAUCUUCGGAUGUAGGAAACGAAGAUUGGGAAACCACGUCUGAGAACAGCGAGGAUCACGCAGAGGAUCACAAAGAAUCACGUAAUAGUCGUAAUAAACAAUUUUCUGCGCGUGCAAGCACGGGUAGUAAUCAAAAUGUCGUAGCGUCAAACGUGCAUUCACGUAGAAAUGAACAGACAGGAAACAAUCGGGAACAACGAGAAAAAAAUGUAAAGUCUUCCAAUACAGCGUCUCGGGCGCCCGGCGCGGAGAAACGAAAUCUACAGAAUUCCAGUUUCGCCAAUCAGAAAAAUCAUUCCAGCAGCAUUCCGCCGUUGAUACAAACGGCUCAAGUACAAAACGGAAGAUCGAGAAAUCAAACUUCUGGUAGCAAUUCGACAACGUCGGGUAAAUCAAUGAUAAAGGAUAGUACGGUGAAUCGUAUAGAUGAAAUAAAAUUAAGCGAUCCUAAUUUAGUUAGUCAAACUCUCAAUGAUAUCAAUAAGAGAUCCCAAGGAAAGGAAAAAAAGGCUAUAAUCGAUUGCGAAAUGGAAACGAAUAAUUGUACGGAGGAUAGUCCUAACAUCGUUGAAGAUAAAGUUGAUUCAGAUGGUUUCCAAGAGGUUCGUUCAAAGAAGAAUGUAAAAGAAUCUAGACAUGGCCAAAAAGAAGAGACAAAACCUUUAAAACGUGAAAAGGAGAAAGAUAGAGAACGCGAUCGUUCUAAGUCGAAAGCAAAUGGGGGUUCACAGCAAACGACUUCAUUGCAACAAAUGCAAAAUAUACCGCCUUUGCUUGGUCAAGCCAUUCCACAACCAGCAAAUAUGGUACAAAAACAAUAUGAUAGAACUUUACGAAGCCAAAAGCUUGCACCCAGAUUCCAAAAACAGCGCUUAGCUAAACAGCAGCAACAGCAACAAAUGUGUGCAUCUGAGCCAAACGACGCAACUAAAAUCAAUAAUUCAUCAAAUAAUUUCGGUAAAGAUUCGUCAAGCGGUGGCCCUGCACCUCCACCAUCUGUAAACGCUUGGGAUAAACCGUUUACAACGAGUCAAUUACAAUCGAAUUCUCCAUCAGCUGUUCCUACUGACAUCCAGUUGAUAACUGGUUUAUCUACGCAGAGCGAACAUGGUCAUAUUCACAGCCACGAAGUUAAUGAGCAGACAAAUUCUGGUAAUAGUAGCCAACGAAAUUCACCAAAUGGCGAAAAAAAUGCUGGAAAAAGUUUAAAAGACCAACUGAUUGAAAAAAAUUCAGUCUCUGAUGUUUCUUCGCCACCUGUGCAAACGUUAAUUUUUGAGAAUACGAAUUAUUCAAAAACUACCAAGGCUGGUCCUUCUGAUUUAGCAGUAAAAACCAAAUUUCCGAAUCACAUAAAAGCUCAACAACAACGUGUUGAAAAACGCACAGAUUUGGAAGAAGAAGGUAAUACCGCUGCCACCAUUCAACAACAACAACAACAACAGCAGCAACAAAGUCUACCUGUGGCAUUUUCAAAUAAACCAAGUGACUUGAUAAAAGAUAAAAAUCAAGAGCCGAUUCAAAUGCCUCUUUCAUUUAAUAAAAACGAAGAUAACGCAGAUAUGAAAUUAGAUUUCACCUUUGAUUCAGAUCUCUCUCAAUUAACCGAAGACAAAAGUAAAAGCUUAGGAAUGACCCGAUCUAUGCACAUGGCUACUGGCCAAAAUACUAUUUCACCUUCUACGGCAGAGCUUAACUUAAAAAUUGCAUCGGUAAAAAAAGUAUGGGAAAAUGCACCUAUGCCAACCGUAGUCGAGCACGAGGAUGGUAAUGUCGUCAAUACAGCUAAUACUUUCCCUCAAGCGUUCGAAAGUACGGAUGUUGAUGACAGUUACAGCCCUCAUCAACAAUACAAUCAAAAUAACAUGAAAAAUGAAAUAACUACUUCAACGAAUGUGUGCAAGCUGGUUCCCCCGCAGGUGAAGCCGCAGCAACAAUCCUCGGGCAGCAGCAGUGGUCAGUCUGGUUCAACGGUUCCCGGGCCAAGUCCUAUUGGAGCAGGUCAAAGUCCUAUAGGGCAUCCUCCUGUCAGUCUCCAAGGACCAUUGAGCCCACCUCCAUUCAAUUCCACGGGACAACCUUCUCAUAUUAAUUACCAGGAGUUUCCCCAAUAUCCAGGAUCUCAAGCUGCGCAAUAUGGUAGCAUGUCUGCUAUACCUUCUCCGCCAGCCGUGUUAUUUAACACUGGCUCCGGUCAACUUCCAGCUCAAGCAGGUGGUCUUUAUGGAGCGUUUCAGUUAGACCAGAGCCGAUCUCCUUUUACACAAUAUCCACCAUAUGCGCCAUCUCUUCAAAAUUCGUUCAGUCAACAGAACGUUUAUUUGCAACAACCCCCACCUCCGCCACCGCAUGCACCAAAUGCGCCAACUCCGGAUAUGUAUCAAAGCAAUCUUUCACAGUACCGGAUCACCGCAGCUGCUGCUCCGCCAUUUGGACAAAAUCAGCAGCUUAGUAAUAAUCCAAAUACAGUUCUUAUUAGCUCUUCUUCAAAUUCUUUGAUAUCAGCCAAUGUGAAGCCAUCCUCUCAACCAAUUGGAGCUAUUGGAACUAAAGCUCCUCAUUUUCAAGCACCGUCUGCUCCUCAACCAAACCCAUUAACGUACAUACCAUAUGAUCCAAAUCAAGUACUCGGCGUGAGUGGCAGUUACAUGGGCAAUUCCCAAUUGGUACAGAGACCCGGUCCGAACGUACAAGCCUCGGCUAAUAGUUAUUAUAGCGCAACUUCGGCUGAUGUAUUUCCCGGAUCGCAAACAGGUUUUUAUCAGCCAGGAGGUGCUACACAGCAAACCGGUACUCAUUAUGGACUUCAGGGAUUUGGUCAGCACAGCCAAAGUUUGGCAACUGGCAGUGCUGCUCCUGUUGGACUUCAAAACUUCAGCUCAGGCUUUUUAUCUAGUUCGGGGUUACAGAUUGCUGCAGCAGCUCAGCAGUUUCGUAAUCCAACAGGAGGACUACCUGGACCAGCAAACACAGGCCCUACUUUUCUUAGCAAACAUCAACCACAAGAACAGCCUAGACAAUUAAAGAGUCCAUCGGGGAAUCAGCAAGAUGUGCUUGCAUCAGUUUUCAGUUCUACACCACAAAUUCCAUCUCCGAAAUCAAGAAACUGUAAGCAACAAUCUUCAUCUCAACAACCACAACCUAGUCCAACGCAACAUCACAAAUAUCAACAGUAUCAAGGUGUUAGUCAGUCAACUUUGAUUUUACAACAAAAUAUUCGUGGCAUGGGCAUGCCACCACGUGCUGGAAUUCAACCAUCGCAACAAAGAUAUCCACCGCCCAUUCAGAGACCAGUUGUUCCAUUUACACCGGGUCCAAAUCCGAAUAAUCCUACGCAACAACAGCAGCCACAACCUAAUUGUAUGCCGUCGCAACAGCAGCAGCAACAAGUUCAAAUAAACCGCCACAGACCGAAUCUGCAUCAACAGCAACAACAGCAACGAAAUAUGAAGAUGCAACAACAAUAUUAUUCUACUCAAGGAAACGUCAAAAUGGACACAAAUGAAAAAACAGAUUCGCACAAUGAUAAAAUCAACGAUGGUAGCUCUGGUGCUCAGCAAGGAGGCACUAAGCCAAACGUAAAUUCACAAGACAAUGACAAUAAGGAAGAAGUGAAUCAACAAAACGAGUGAAUUGUGACAAAGAACAUUCGAUCUACCUUUUAAAAAUGCAAUUUGCAAUCAUAUAUAAUGAUGCGACAUCGAUCGAAAGGUAAAUGAUAAUGAUCAACUUGUCAUACGUGUGGAGCGAUUUGAACUCCAACUGAUAUUAUAUUUGUCGAUUUAAAGCGGCUUGCGAGCUUAGAAUUCGUAAUUAAUAAUUUGGCCAUGUCUAGUUAGAAUAAUUUAAUCAUGGUGUAUCAAAGAAGGAAAACGAUAGGUGAUAUUGUUGUUAUACAUACCAAUGCUUCUCCGAAUUAACAAUCAUAAAUGUUUUACCUUUCAUGAAUUCUCAACAAACAAAUCGCUUUUAUCGAAUAUUCCUUUCUGUUCGAAAAAAUAUUGCAAAUAGUAAGACGGCAGCAAUGUCGAGGAUCUAAGACAAAUACCCGAAGUAAAAUGAAACCUGAUCGAUACCAUCGAGAAUAAUUAUCAUCUGAAAAAGUCCCUAUAAAUUACGUCUUUCAACAUCAGGGACAUUAACACGUUGUUCAGUUAAAAGAUAAAUAAAUAAAUAAAUAAAAGAAGUUAAAUGAUUAGACUGACGCGCACAACGUAUAUUCACUCGAUGUCAAUCGAUCAUCCGAAUCAAUUAAUUACAUUAUCAACUGUGAAGAUAAAAAAGAUGUGCACAAGACUUAUGUUUCUGUAUAUGGACACGACGGCGGUCUGUGGUAUACGAUAAUAUUAAAAUCAGAUUUUCGUGAAACGUAGUUCGACAAAGAUAUUACACGAUCGUCGCUAUUAUUUGUAGAGUAUCACUAAAAUGAAAAAAGAACAAAUCGAUGAAAAAGACUGUUGUUGUGUAUAUCAAAAUUAAAACAAGAAAGUAUAUACAUGCGAUGAUCGUACGAAUUUGCAUGACGUUCCCUAAUAUGACAAUUAAAGAAGUUCGUGUACAUUAAUCAUUUAUUGAUAUACUGUGAGGUCAUGGUGAAGCUUGUGAAAAAUAAAUAGUGCAACAAUCGUU